AUGUACUAUUUCCUUUCCAUGCUCUCCAUCUCUGACCUAGGGCUAUCCCUCUCUUCUUUACCCACCACAUUGGGACUAUUCCUAUUUGGUAUCCAUGAAAUUCAUGCAGCUCCAUGCUUUGCCCAGGAGUUUUUCAUCCAUCUGUUCACAGUCACGGAAGCCUCUGUGCUGUCUGUAAUGGCAUUUGACCGAUACGUGGCAAUCCACAAUCCUUUGAGAUACAGCACAAUCUUAACUGGCCCGAGAGUCAUCAAAACAGGCAUCUUUCUGACUUCCAAGAAUGUUCUUUUGAUUCUUCCAUUGCCCUUUCUUUUGCAACGGCUGAAAUACUGUCAUCAAAACCUGCUCUCCCACUCCUAUUGUCUCCAUCAGGAUGUCAUGAAGCUGGCAUGCUCUGACAACAGAGUCAACGUUGUUUAUGGACUCUUUGCUGCACUUUCUACUAUGUUGGACUUAGUGUUUAUUACUUUCUCCUACAUUAUGAUUUUAAAGACUGUACUAGGAAUAGGAACCCCCAGAGAGCAGUUCAAGGCCCUUAACACCUGUAUCUCUCACAUCUGUGCCGUGCUCAUCUUCUACGUGCCCAUGCUAAGUGCAGCGAUGCUCCACCGUUUUGCCAGGGAUGUGUCUCCUAUGGUCCAUGUGCUCAUGGCUGAUAUAUUCCUUCUGGUACCACCACUCAUGAACCCCAUUGUGUACUGUGUGAAGACCCGUCAAAUCCGGGAAAAGGUUGUGGGGAAAUUUUGUCCAAAAAUAAAUUGA